AUGUCGCUGAAUGGGUUGGAUGAUGAACGAGUCCAGGCGGCGCACGAGGCGGCCGUCGCAGAACCGGGAGGAUGGUUUUUGCUCAAAUAUGCCAGUCGCGAUGAAGUCGAGCUGCUAGGUCGGGGUAAUGGUGGCAUUGUCGAGAUCCGUAACAACAUUGCGCAGUAUGAGGACAAGUCGCCGCUGUAUGGCUUCCUUAGAUACAGGCGCCGGAAUGUCAUCAUCAAAUACCUCCCUGAGGGCUGCUCCAGGUUAAUUCAAGCGCGGGUGACUGUCCAUUUCGACGAGGUCUGCGACCGCUUCUCGCCCCACGACACUACCUUUUCGAUCGCCGACUCGAAGGAGCUCAAGGACACCAAGUUGUCAGCCGCCUGCUCACUCCAUGCUGCGUCUGGCUCGACAUCUUCCUCAACAAGCUCACUGCGUCGAAGGCGCUUGAUGGAAAUUACAGAAGAAGAGGAAGAGGAAGAACGGGAAAGGAAGCGACAGUCGGUUGUUAAGGAGGAGGAGCGCCCGAAAUCGCCCUCGGCGCAAUCUGGACCCCCCGUCAAACUGGAUGCGGACCUUGCCAGCUUGCCCGGGGCUUCACAGUUUACUAACGAACUUGAACCACCCCAAUUUAUGGGCGUUCCCAGGCCCUCUUCCCCAGCAAGAUCCUUUGACGGGAGCACACGGCGCAUGUCCUCGCAGUCGUCACGCACCGAUCUUUAUCCAUCUACUGCUUACCCGUACUCAAAGCCACGGGUUAAGCUUGGGCCAAGGCCUUCCGCUGACCCUACUGGCCGCCCGCGAUCAUCCGGUGGGAGUUCAGCCCACCGAGUAGCAACAGUUCCAGCUGGCCUCAAGUCCAUGUCCAAAGGCACGAGAAAGGGUCGUUCUCACUCCCAAAGCCAGGAGGACGAAGCCCAAGAACAGGCAGAAGAUACUUUCUCGCUGAUCGAAAUAGCCGAGGCUGAGAUGAAGCCUUCCGAGAACGGACCAUCCCAACCCCAGCUCGACAACGCGACUGACGCGCUAGCCGACACGAUGCCUCCACACAAGAUCGACAUGCCUGCUCCGGCCCCACAGCCGACCAAACAGAACACCAUGACCCCGGAAAAAGCUCGGCUCCUGAAGGCGAUGAAAUUAAGGGAGAAGAAGUUGAUGAGCCUACAACCAACACUCGACGUUCCAAGCACCGAUAUACCAUCCGCCCCCAGCACACCGGGCCUUCCGGACGAGAAACAAGAUACCGUGGUGGCAGAAGCAGUGGCGUCGGUGGACCAAGCCCAGGCCGGGGGCGAUGCGCAGCAAGAGGAGGCCCCUGCUACCUCCAAGUCUGACUCCGGAGUUGACGUCGGAACGGACCAUGCAUCUGUAGACACUGCCAUGGAUUCCCAUCCUGCGUCGCCCGCAGCGGUAUCAGAAACUGGCGAUUCCACGCAGGCUUCAUCGCUAUCUGAUUCGACGGACGAAACCAUACAUGCCAAGGAUGAGCAACCAAUUCGCGAAGCAGAACAGGGCGCGGUCGGCGAUGACAACAACAAACUAGCAACCUCGGCCCCAGAGGAACACAUAGGCGGAACGGAACCCAGACAACACGACAGAGAGUCUCAAGCGACAAUUACUGCCGUCGACAAGGGGGAGCUCCUCAUGUCGCCCGAGGCAAAAGUUGAGCAGCUCACCGCCCCGAACGUGCCGACGGGUGAUGUCGUCCCCGAGGUUUCACCGACUCCCGCAUUGCCCGAUGUGCCAGCUCAGCCCAGCAUACCCGAGAAGGACACAAGCGACGUAGCGCCAACUGAGGCAGCUGAAGCAUCAGCGCCAACGUCCGACUUGCCGCAGGAAGCUGAACCCGUGGGCGAGGCAAAGGCUCCGCUGACACAGAUUCACAUCCCGCUUUCCAAGUUCUCCACACAGGAGACCAAGUCCCCCACAACCACUACGAACCAGGAUAUUCCCUCGAUUGUCGCCCAAACCUCGGAUGUGGACUCGUGGCGUGUUGGAGAGUCGGCACCUCCCGUUCCGGAGAAGGAUGAUGUAGACGGAGAUGCCAAACGACGAAAGCUUCCGGACCGUAUCCGUACUGAUUUGGAUGCCCCGGACAACGACAAGCGGCGCUCGGUUAUCAGCAUUUUGGAUAACGACGGCUUCAUGGACGAGCUGCAAUCGGCGACCGUUCAGCAGGCAACGCCGAUCACCGUGUCCAAGUCCCCGAUUUCUCCCUUCUUCGGGAUGGACCAGCCUUCCAAGAGACCUGGCGGCGGUCCGGACGACAAUGCAUCCGCCCGGUAUGUGAGAACGGUUUCGAACCCUGUCCGCAAUUCCCAUCUGGGUGGUGAAGUGCCGUCUGGCCCGGUCAGGUCGGCGUCGUCUGGUGCUGCUUAUCUACAAAAGCCCUCUCAACAACAGCCAUCUGCGGAUUCAAAACCCAAGAACGCCAAACUGGGUUCGAGCAUCUCGCAGCGGAUCAAGGCGCUAGAAAAGCUUUCGGUCAGUGCUCCCGGCGUGGAGGUGGUGACGACGCCGAAGGAGCGUCCUGCAUCCACCUUCUUCGCUGUCCGCAAAACGAGUGUGCGAGACAGCUCGCGACCAUCGUCCGUGGCCGACCGGGCGAAUUCGAUGACGAGGGAUGUAUCGCCCACCCCUCCAGCGUCAAGGGACUCGUCGUCUCCCGAGGCUACCCGGAACAUGGGACGCGGCCGGUCUGGAUCCUUGGUGAAUCGGUUGUCCAUGUUCGAAGGAGGGAUGCCUCCCAGAGGUAGGCCCGAGUCCGUCCAGGUUACAGCCCGCAUUGUCCGAGAUCCGAACCAACGGUUCCCCAAAGGCCCCGAACCAAAGGGGGGAUCGACAGAAUACGGCAACCUGGACUUGAAGCAGUCACCAUUGCUAGUAGAUGUUCAGAACCGCACCGACUCACGGAGCCCUGUGCGGCCUCCUAGCGUCAUGUCUACGCGCACGCUGGAGCGCGAGAUAGCAGAUCAGGCCAAGCAGACCUUGCUGGAACGGCGACUAUCGAAACGAUCUCGGGAUGGCGAGAAGGACGCGGCAACGACAGAAACUACUGAAGGCCGCCGCCCUCGACGACGGUCGUCUCUAUCGGUUGUGAAGGAUUUCAUCAAGGACCGGACGGAGUCGAUCAUCGGUGCCAAGUCACCGUCUGCGGAUAACCUGACCUCCCCAGCGCCCACGAGCAUGGCGUCCCCUUCGGCUUCGCGACCGUCAUCUCGUGCCCGAUCAGUCAACCAGUCCGGCUCUCUGGCUCGUCGUCUCAGCGUUAGCAGCCGACACUCGGCAAUUGAGCAAAACAACACGACACUUUCCGCUGCGACCCUGCCCCCUCCCCGGGGUGCGGACUUGAGUGCCGAGGCGAAUGCUGAGGCCAAGAUUGAGAAGAGGUCCGGUUCCGACCCAGCCAGCCCCAAGAGCAACCGUGCCUCCCGCUUUAUGCGGCGCCUCUCUAAUACUCUUGUGACCGGCAGGAAGAAUACCGCUCCAUCCAUCUCGCCCACCGUGGCUGAGGAGAACGCUGCCGAGGUCGAGGCUGCGUCCAGGGGUAGCACAGCUGUUAGCGCUGCGGCCCAAGCCCCGCCUAGCAUCGUCGCAUUCAUGGGCGAUGUCAAUGUCCAGUUCCCUGACAACCUCUUGUGGAAGCGCCGAAGCAUCUGCCUCGACAGCCAGGGCUUCCUGAUCCUGAGCGCGGUGCAGGGUACGGCUAUGAUGCCUACCGCUCUUUCCGGCAAGGACAGGAACGGCGCUAUGGUCAAGCGGUACCACAUGAGCGACUUCAAGGCCCCGUAUGCGCCCGAUGUGGAGCUGCAGGAGCUGCCCAACAGUGUCGUUCUGGACCUGGUUGAUGGCAGCGGGCUCCAAAUCGCCUGCGUGGACCGCGCGGGCCAGAUGAGCAUUCUGCGUAUUCUCGAGGAGGCUCACCUUACCCACUCGAACUUCUAAUCUUACCCGACUUUUCGGAUUUUUCACGGUCCGUCACGGGCUUGUUAUCACUUAUCACAUGGCGAGCAAUGGCUUCCCUUCGCGGUCUGGCAACCAACCCAUUUCUUCCUGGGUCGACGACCCUUCUCUCCUUAUAACCGACCUUUACC